AUGGCAUGGAUUUGUGAUUCUGCAGAUUUUGACCCUCACACAUAUAAAGACUUCAUGUCAAUUCUCAUUACGGCAUUCAGGGCCUAUGUCAAGAAUCACAAAGGAAGGCAUGAUCCAGGUCUGGGGAGCCACUUGCGUUUCAAAUCUCUAUGUUCGUUUCCCAAGCAAAGGCCAGGGAGUCUGCAUUGUGGAUACUAUGUAUGUGCUUUCAUCAGUAACACAAAAGGCUACAGGAGACACCCUGAAUUGUGGAAAGAAGAAAAAGGACUAAAAAGGGAUGUCUACAGGGAUGAUGACCUCUUAGAGAUUGUUGGUGACCUUUGCAACUUUAUAAUGGACCAUGUUGUUUAUUACAAAGGUGAUUACCAUAACCCACAGUCCGACUUAGGUAGCAAUCCUCUUUACCUGCACCUCCGUCAGUGGGAUAGGCUAUGUCUAGGUCGUUGA